GUUGCCGUAAAUGACAGUUCCUCCGACGAAAGAACCGAAAUGCUGAUACUAUGUAGAAGGAAUUGUUCUGAGGUGUGACAGUGAGAAUGAUGAAAAAUCUAUGUGAAUCAAAGAAAUCUUUCUGUUUGUGUGAGUGAGGAGGUUACAAAGAUGACAAGUCUCGAGGAUGAGGCGAUUGUUGAAGAGACUCAAACUGUUGAGCUUCAUAUGAUGGAGAUGAAGAAGUACCUGCCCAUGUGUGUAUGUAGUGGUUUGUUUAUGAGAAGUGUCCUCUAUCCAUACAGUGUUAUCAAAACAAGGCUACAAGUCCAGGCAGGAAAAGAUGUUUAUAAAGGGACAUGGGAUGCUGUGAAAUGUAUAUCAAGAACUGAAGGUUUUAGGGGUUUUUACUCAGGGUUCGGAGUUCAUCUGUUUUCAAUUAUACCUGGUUUUUGUUACAUCAGUUCAUAUGAAGGUGUUCGCCACUAUAUGAAUACAAAAACCAACUGGAAUCAGGGAUGGGCUAAAUCCCUUGUUGGAGGAUGUGUAGCUUCUGUAGUAGGACAGACUUUAGUGGUACCAAUUGAUAUUAUAAAUCAGCAUAUCAUGUUGUUAGGUAAAAAUGAUGUCAAAAAAACAAAAGCCAGGGAAAAAUUAAGAACUUUGCAGGAAAUUCACAUUCCAGAUGAAUUACGACAGAGACGAUUCGGAACUAUUAAAGCUGUGAUAUCACAUGUAUAUAAAGCUGAUGGAAUACUAGGAUUUUAUAAAGGGUACUUUGUCUCCAUAGCAACCUUUGCACCAAACAGUGCGCUAUGGUGGUUCUUCUAUGAACUAUAUAAAGAGAAAUUCCUGUCUGUGAUCCCGGAAGCUGUGCCAAGAUUAUUGGUGAUGUCGUGUAUGGCGGCUCCGCUGGCUGGAGUGUCAUCUGCAACUCUCACCAAUGGGGUAGAUGUCAUCAGGGUUAGGAUGCAGGUAAAAGGUGGUUCUGCAAGGGAGACAUUUACAGUACUGCUGAGAGAUGAAGGUUACAAGUUCUGGUGGAAGGGGCUGACAGCAAGAUUACUACAGAGUUGUGUCUCCUCUGUUCUCAUCCUUAGUUUGUAUGAACCACUCAAACGCUGGAGUCUUAAGGAAGAAUAUAGAGAGUCUUUCAAGUGGUGAUAGUUGUUAGAAUUAUAAGUACGGAAUGAUAAAUUCUUGUAAAUAGUUUUAAAAAAAUUUAGAAGACAUUAGGGAUACAUUUCUCUGAAAAGUUUUUGAUUAUAGAGAUUUUUUAAAAUUUUAUUUGUAGAUGAUUUUUACAAGGGUAAUAUUUAUAGAGAAUGGUUUUAAUAAUUAAUUUUCAAACUCCGCUUAUUAUUUAGCUCAAUAAUUCGAAGAAUGGGAGAGAGCUAUUGUACUCACUUUAGUAUUAUCAUAACACUUUGGUUAAUCUUUUGUGUGCAAAGUGGCUCCAAAAUUACUGAAGAGAAUGUGUUGAAACUUCAACACACUUGUUUUUUGUGAUUAUCGAACAUAAUCGGUACAUGUCCCAAAACUCUGAGUAACCCUUUUACAGGGUUAUGUCCCUUUCCUUACUGUCAAGCAUUGAGAAUAGUCGAGCCUGCUGUUACAGACAGCUUUUGUUUUUAAGAUGCAUUAUGUUAAUUAUCUUAACAAUGUUUCAGAGAUGUUUUCAUAAUUAUACUGGUAGAAAUUUGUUCCUUGUUUUGUUCUUUUGAUACAUGCUAUAAUAUUUGUUUAAGGUAUGAUAUUUGACAUGUUAUUAAUCAAAGAUAUAAUUUGAAAUUUAGUAUGUUACAUUGACUUGAAGUCUCAUAUGAUAUAAUAUUGAUAAAUCCUUAAUUGAUAGUUUUCUGUAUUAUAAGUAGAUAUAUUAGAACAUAAAACUGGACAAACUGUUUAUGAUUUGCUGUGUUCUUGUACAC